AUGUCUGGAAGAGGUAAAGGAGGUAAGGGGCUCGGAAAAGGAGGCGCUAAGCGCCAUAGGAAGGUGCUGCGGGACAACAUCCAGGGCAUCACCAAGCCUGCCAUCCGCCGCCUUGCCCGGAGAGGAGGCGUGAAGCGUAUCUCCGGCCUCAUCUACGAGGAGACCCGCGGGGUGCUGAAGGUGUUUCUGGAGAACGUGAUCCGGGACGCCGUCACCUACACCGAGCACGCCAAGAGGAAGACGGUCACCGCUAUGGAUGUGAUCUAUGCUCUCAAGCGCCAGGGCCGCACUCUGUAUGGCUUCGGAGGCUAA